AUGCGCCCCGGAGAAAUAAAUCACAGUCCGUUGGAAUCCGGGGAACGGCUGACAUCUCCAGACUUGACCGGUUAUGCCUCGAACCCGGCUGAAGCUCCUUCUCCACCAAGCUUCGAUGCAUCCUUUCUCUUGCAUUCUGAUUCCGCAUUCGAAUGUGUUGACCGCGAACCGGACAGUCAAUUAGUUUAUACUCCCGAUCUUGACAAUGAGCAGCCAUGGAAGGAUCCAGAUCCCACCUUGCAACUCCUAAACUUUGGUAGUAUGUCUGAGUUUCAUCUCAGCCCUCCGCCACAUACAACUACUCAGAACCACCACGAGUCAGCCAAAGAUAAAGAGUCUUCUGAUGAGAUUGUUUCGCUUUCAGCCGCUAGAGCUAGAGAUAAAGUCCGAAGGGUACCUCGAAACAUCUUGAAUAUCCCGUCUCUCCUCAUCACCCGGUGGUUUGAACAGGUUUGCCCUAUUUGGUCAGCCUUUGACUCUGAAAUCAGUCUUAACCGGACGUUGGCGAAGAGACUGUGGGGAGAGUCAGAAGCGGUGCUUACCUCCCUUCAAAGCAUGUCGGCUGCGUAUAUGGCGAAUCAAGCUCCGCAGAUGAAGGCUGCCGCAUUCCAGUACAUGCAGGCUGCAAUGAAUGCCAUUACGUCAGAAAUACUGGUUCUCAAUACGAGGGGGGUAAUGCAGACGCUUCCUGUAGGGGUGUUAUUUGCCCUUGUGUGUAUGGGAACCAUAUUUGGCUGGAUCAAUCGCCACGAGCUGGUCAAACGGCUUCUGAGAAAUACAAAGGCUAUUUUAUCAGAGGCCAAACUACACUCCCAAUCUUUCUCACCAUCUGACCGCGAGAUGCUGAGCUUCUUUGUCAGCAGUACUCAAUAUUGGGAUACGUUGGUUACGUUCAUGGGGUAUGAAGAUGGGCCUGGCGCAGUCGUCGGCGAUGACAACUCCGAGGACACGGUGCUGCAUUUCGACGUCAACGGCAACGGAACUCAAUACCUAACAUUAACGCCACAUCCAUGGACGGGAAUUUCUACGCUGACCUCUCAGCUCUUUUGUGAGUCGAUAAAGUGUUGUCGAUCGUUCCGGAAGAAGAUGAGGGGCCAUGAAGAAGGUCCUGCGAGUCUGCUAGAUGCCUUGGAUGUCAUGGCGAGGGCCGAGCAACUGGAAAUUAUGCUCAAGCAAUUGGAGUACCCAAAUCUGGAUGAGAUCGGCGAAACUGGGGACCGACUUACUCCCCGACAACAUCUUAUCGAAGCGGCUGAAGCGUACCGCCUAUCCGCCCUCCUGCAUCUUUACCAGACCUUCCCGAACACAAGUACAGAGGUAUCACCCAUUGGGUCGUUUGAAAUGGCUAGGGACGAUAUCAUUUGGGGUGAUAGGGUUGUGCCCCUGGGCUUAUACUUGACGGAUCUUUUAAAGAAGAUUCCUCCGGAAUCUGGGAGCCGAUCCCUGUUGCCCAUUCUUUACAUUGCUGCCAGCACAGGAUUACGCUUUCGGGAAGGCCUAUCAAGUGUCCAAUUCGCAGCAGCCCUUGGGGAUUCUAGUGGACUUUCGGUUGAUCAUGCCAUGUCCUAUGACUUAAGCGACCUUUCUUGGACCUCUUCGCAUGAAUCUUUCGACGCCUUUGCCUCAGUGAGUGAAGACAUUAUACUGAUUGGCGACGCUCGCCAUCUUAUCAUGCAACGAUUGGGUUUAUUAGAGAAUUGUUUGUAUCCAAAGCCGAUCGAGAUAGCAAAGAAACUCGUUAAGGCGAUCUGGGAGGCUUACGACAAUGAUCUUUUCGAUCAGCAUGAUGUUCAUUGGGCUGAUAUUAUGGAGGAUCUUGGUCUGAGGUCAAUUUUUGGUUGA